GUGAAAGCGACAAUCGCGCGAUAAGCUUUGACGACUGUGAUUAAAUUUAAUCAUUUUAUUAGUCGAGGGGUGAGGUGAAAGUUCACGCUGGUUGAAAAUGUCCGCAAAAGUAGCCAAGUCAAACAAGUCUGCCUCCAAAGAGCCGUCGGCGUUGGCAAAGCUCUACCUUAUCGGCUACAACGCUGUGCAGGUGGGCGGCUGGAGCUACAUCCUGUAUCAGUUGGUCGACUACUACCUGCUGCAGGGCCCCGAGUUCCGCGCCCAGAUAACGCUCUGGGACUACACACAAGUGGCUGUCAUUAUCUUCCAGAAUGCAGCCUUUGUGGAAAUCCUCAACGCAGCCUUUGGCCUGGUGAAAUCUAAUCCGGUGGUCACCGGAUUUCAAGUCUUCAGCCGCAUGAUGGUCGUCGUUGGAGUGGUCAUGGCCACGCCCACGGGCAAGGUAUCGCCAGGUCUGCCCAUUGCCCUCUUUGCCUGGGCCAUCACGGAGAUCAUCCGCUAUGGUUACUAUGCGCUGAACAUUGUCAAAGUGGUGCCACACUUUGUGGUCUUCCUGCGCUACACCACCUUUAUUGUCCUGUACCCGAUUGGCGUCACCGGCGAGCUCCUGUGCUUUUGGUGGGCCCAGAGCUAUGCCAGGGAAAACAGUGUGUGGAGCACGGUGAUGCCGAACAAAUGGAACGCCACCUUUUCCUACUUAGCCUUCCUGUGGAUUGUAAUGCUCGGCUACAUUCCCAUCUUCCCCCAACUGUAUCUGCACAUGUUUGCCCAGCGCCGCAAGAUCCUUGGCGCCGCCAGCAGCGCCGUCGGAGCCUCUGCCCAAAAGAAGAAAGCGCAUUGAACCUUGCCCAACCAGCACGACACAAAUUCCGGACUCAAUUUGCAUACCGCUCGUCGUCGCACUUUGGAGUCGGUCGUCGUAAGCGUUUCGCGUUCGCUUUUGGGGUCGCCUCUUACCUCACCUCUUGCACAAACAUAUUCGAUUUUGACGCGUAAGCUUUAGCUAUUAAGUGGUUUUUGUGUACAAAUAAACUAGAUACUUUUUUCCAAA